CAUGGGAUCAGCUAUAAGAAGAAUGUCCGUACAAAGAGCAGCUUAGUUUCUUGGAAGGCUGGUGGACAUUUCUGGAAAAAGCACAGCUGACUUACUUGUCCCUAUAUGGUCAUUUGCUGUUUCCUCCGGACCAAAGGAGCAGAUUGGUUCGCAAAGGAUGCUGUCAGAAGGGUAUCUCAGCGGACUUGCCUACCAGAAGGACAUCCACUGGAGCUGUUCAUCUUAUAAUGAGCAGGUGGCUGAGGAGGAAGAAGAGACAAAAUCUGCCACUCAUUCCUAUUGCUCUGUGGAUGAGACUCAAGUCCGAAGUCUGUACGUGAGCUGCAAAUCCUCAGACAAGUUUAUGUCUUCAGUGCACGCGCGAGAGAGCCAACACAGUGGAAAGCAGAGAACCAUAAUGCUGCAGACAAACCCCAAUCCCGUGUUUGAAAGCCCCAGCUUGGCUGCAGUGGAAAUAUGUAGAGACUCGAGCAGAGAGACCUACUUGGUUCCACCUUCCUGUAAGAGUAUUUGCAAGAAUUACAAUGACUUACAUAUUGCAGGUGACCAGGUGAUGGCUAUUAAUUCAGUGACGACAGAUUUCCCCCCUGAGAGCAGUUUUGACUAUGGCCCUUUGCUGAAAUCAUCUGAGAUUCCUUUGCCCAUGGAGGAUUCCAUUCCCACUCAGCCUAGCGACUUUCCCCAGAAACCUAUCCAGAGGUAUUCGUCGUACUGGAGAAUAACCAGCGUCAAAGAGAAAAGCAGCCUGCAAAUGCAGAAGCCAGUUUCUAACGCAGUGCUGAACGAAUACUUGGAGCAGAAGCUGGUAGAAUUAUACAAGCAGUACAUUAUGGACAUUGAGUUUCAUGACAGUUCUCCCACCCAGAUUCUGGCGUCUGAACUCAUCAUGACAAGUGUGGAUCAAAUUAGUCUCCAAGUGUCCAGAGAGAAGAAUCUGGAGACCUCCAAAGCCAAGGACAUAGUCAUUAACUGCCUAUUACAGCUGGUGUCGGGUGAAAUUAGCACACCUAGUCUCCGUAUUUCUCAGUACAGCAACGUCAAUCCAUAGAGAGAAGGCUGGCGGCCCUUCUUCUCGACUCCUCCAAAUGAGAGCAACACUUCCUUCAUUUAUUCUGAGAAUGUGCAGGAGGUGGGGGUGAAGGGGAGUCCAGAGCUAAAAAAAGCAAGGUUGGACAGAGGUCAAGUGUGAAUUCAAAGGAAAUCUCUUACUAUUGCACGUAAUGAAGGCAUGUGGGAAGAGCAUCCAGAACGACUCAUUGCAAAGCAAAGGUCGUAUAGCAACAAAGCACAAAUAAAUAUGAUCCGCGGGCGCCUGGGUGGCUCAGUCAGUUAAGCCUCGAACUUCGGCUCAG